AUGGCGGGCGGCGCUAGCAACACCAGCAGCGCGCCGGGGCUCAUCCAUCGCCACUUUUUCGGGCUCAAGGGAAGUGUUCACAACAAUGUCGCGUUUGCGGAGGAGAGCGUGCUCGUGUAUCCGUGCGGCCACAACGUCAUUAUUUACAAUCUCGAGUCUAAGGAGCAGCAGUUUAUACAUGGCGUUGAGACUACGGGACGUGGCAUCACGGCGCUUGCCGUGGCGCCUAACAAACGCUACGUCGCUGUGGCGGAACAGGCCGAGCGCGCAGUGGUGCACAUCCACGACCUGAAUACGCUGCGGCGACGCAGGACGCUGACGCUUAGUGACGGACUGGCGGACACUUUUGUCUGGGUGGCCUUCUCAGGUGACAGCAAGUACUGCGUCACGCAGGGUGGCGCGCCGGAUUGGGUUCUUUCGCUCUGGCUGUGGGAGAAGACCAAACUACUUGCGAGUGUCAAAGCCUCGACACCACAAGGCAACGCAGUGCACCAGGCAGAUUUUAGUCCAGUUGACCCUUUCACAGUGUGUGUGAGUGGCAACGGACUCCUCAAGUUCUUCCGGUUCGCAGACGGACAGCUGAGACUGCAGGCCACGCCGCUGAAAAGGGAGCCCGCGCACUUCUUACGCCAUGCUUGGGUCUCAGACGACCGCGUCGUCGCAGCUGCAGACUCGGGGGAAUUGUGGUUAUUCGAACAGUUUGAGUUUAGACAGAUUUUGACGCCGGCAACGACUGGUACCACGGGAGAUGGCAGCUUUGUGAGCUCCUUGCUGGGCUACUCAAAGGGCUUCGUUUGUGGAGGAUCGGGAGGUUGUGUGCGCAUUUACGAUCGAAGCGACGACGGUGGAUCGCGCGAGUACUACAAAAAGGCAAAGACUUUUCGAAUCGAGGGCGAUGCCAGCACAAUCAAGGACUUGGCUAUCAGUCCAAGUGAAGAUCUGCUCGUGUGUUCGCUUGACAACAACCAGAUGUACGCACUGACACUGUCGAGCACCGAUAUCCUCAAGGAAGAUGCCAUGAAUUUCGAGGUCGUCUCGACAGCUUUCCAUGCACCGAGUAGCAAUGGGAGCUGCCAUAUCACUGGUCUCGAUACGUGCAUUCGCAAGCCGUUAGUAGUAACUUGUGCACUCGAUCGAUCUGUGCGCGUAUGGAAUUACCUGGACAAGUCAACCGAUAUCCUCAAGUUUUUCCGUGAAGACGCACUUUGUGUGGCCUUCCACCCAUCGGGCUUGCACGUCGCAGUGGGCUUUACUGACAAGCUGCGAAUGCUCAACGUACUCAUGGAUGACAUUCGCUCUUGUCGUGAGUUUACUAUCAAAGGUUGUCGCGAGGUGCGCUUCUCGAAUGGUGGUCAAUUCUUCGCUGCAGCAAACAGCAACGUCGUCCACGUGUAUGCUACAUACACGGGCGAGUUGGUGUCCGUGCUUCGUGGGCAUUCGAAUCGUGUGACGGCUAUCUCAUGGAAAUCUGACGACCGGAAGCUGCUAACCUGUGGCGCUGAUGGUACAGUGUUAUUGUGGAGCUUACGUUCAGCGUCUAAAGUUGGUGAUGGUCACUCGCAGGCACGUUGCUCGUACAUUGAUGCUGCGCUAUCUCCUGAAGGAGAUGUAGCGUACGUAACAGGCUCCGAUAAUAUGCUCAAAGAGAUUGAUAUGGCUUCGGGCUUGGUACGGAACGACCUUUACGUUGGCGGAAGUGGGGCUGCUUUAGGCCCAUUAGCUCUCGCAAAUUCGCAGCAAGUGCUCCUUGUCGGAUCAGCAGAGCCUAAUCGUCCCGGAACUGUGAGAUUAUACCGUUUGCCACUCGAGAAAGACCAUCCAGUGCCUGCAUUAUUAAGCGGAGGAGGACAGACAUCUACCUCUCCAGGCUCUAUGUCGCCCACAGCUCAAACAGGAACGACGUUAGCAACUGCUGCUGGAGGUGCAAGCUCAGCUUUGCAGUCAUACACAGAGUAUCAUUGCCAUGAUCUCCCAGUAUCACGACUUCGACUAUCGUUCGACAACCAAUACCUCUUUUCUGCUGGUGAAGAUGGUUCGUUAUGCAUCUUUGAGACGCAAAACGUGAUCGGAAAAGGGGGUGCCAGUGGUGCUAGCAGUGGUCCAGGAGGCGGUGCGGUGGGUUCCAGAGAAGCUCGAAGUGAUAGCACAAUGCUAAGCGGUGGAGGCGGGGCUAAUGGCUCGGGUUUGCCUUUCGCAGAGGAAAUCCUGGUAACGAAAUCCGAUCUAGAAGAGAAGAAUCGUCUUAUGAACGAGCUCAAGUCCAAGGUGGAUGAGCUAACGCUGCACAACGAGUAUCAACUUCGGUUAAAGGAUCUCAACUAUAAGGAGAAGAUUAAGGAAGUAUCGGACAAGUUCACAGCCGAGCUAACGCAAGAUCGACAACGCUGUGGCGACUUGCAGAACGACAAGAACGAAAUGGAGAAUGAAUAUCAAAAGAAAAUGCGUGAGAUGGCUGCAACGCACCGAAGUGAGGUGCAAGAACUGAAAACCACGUAUGAAGCGAAAGUUGAAGCUGAAAAAGCGCGCUACGCAGCACUGGAACAGGCACGUGGCGAGCAGAAUACACGAUUCGAGGAAGAAAACCACCUACUCGUUGAAAGCCACACCCAGUUCCUAGCAGAAAUGACAACUGAGUACGACCAAAAGGUAGCUCAUGAGCAGGAACUUCAAGCAGUCUGUGCGCAGGCUAAGGAGGAGCUUAUUGCAACAAACGAAGCGCUGAAGCGUUCUCUUGAAGAGGAUGCAGAGCUCGAGGUAGAGGAGCUCAAGAGUAAGUACGAGCUGAAGCUGUCAGACGAGCGCGAGGCAACACUACGUCUCAAAGGUGAAAAUGGCAUCAUGAAGAAGAAAUUCUCUGCGCUUCAAAAAGAUAUUGAGGACCAACGCGAGGAGAUCCGAUCUCUUGAAGAGAAAGGGAAGGAGUUGACAGAGAACAUCCGCGGUCUGGAAAAAGAUAUCCAAGGCCACAAGAAGGAGAUUCGAGAGCGUGAGGAGACCAUCCAAGACAAGGAGAAGCGUAUCUACGAUCUUAAGAAGAAGAACCAGGAGUUGGAGAAAUUCAAGUUUGUACUGGACUACAAGAUCAAGGAGCUCAAGCGUCAGAUUGAGCCGCGCGAGCAGGAAAUCGCUGAUAUGAAGACGCAAAUUGAAGAGAUGGAUGCAGAGUUGGAGCAGUAUCAUAAGAGUAACGCUGCGUUAGACCUCAUGAUCGGAGAGCUGCGACUCAAGAUGGAUGGUAUGCAAAAAGAACUGAACUUGCAGGCUGCACAGGUGGCUUUAGGCAAGGCGCUAGUACGACAGGUACAGACGGAUUUGCUGGGGUGUGCUCAGCUUCUGGAUAACAAGAAGGCUCUCAAAGUGGCUGUCAUGGCGCUGAACAAGAAGUACGAGGACGGAGUCACGCCGGAUGCUAAGGAACCAAACUCGCAGGCCGAGUACAAUCGACAGCGUGAAUAUCUCGAGAAAGAAGUUGAGUCACUCAAGCGAAAAAUCAUGAAAGGCAUGGCUAUCAGCGAGAGCGAGUUGCAUAGGCUACAGCGCGAAAACGCAAUACUUACUACCCAGGUGAAUGAGCUGCGACGUGAGUUCCACAACGUGCGCAUGCAGACCCAAGAGGUGCGCGAAGCCAAGUUCAAAUCCACUGUAUCCAUUGCCAAUAGCGCAGUGAACAAGAAGCUCUCGGUGAGUACUGAGGUGAUGCGUGAGCGCAAGGAGAAGAUGCGCGAAGCAGAAUUCCAGAAAGAGCACAUUCUGCAGCUCAAGGCCCGCGUCACCGAGCUCCAGAAGACUCUUGGGGGUGGUCUCAAGUUUGCACUUACUGGAUCCAGCAACUCUCCUCAGAACAGGCAGCAGCAGUACUCUAGAAGACCGGCUCCACCGGCAGCGCAGCGCCUUCCACCUGUAUAAUAUCCACGUAUACAUUUUUUUUCUGGUA